GGAUAGGCACCAAAACCACACAGAGAAACCCUGUCUUGAAGAAAGCAAAGAAAACAAAACAAAACAUCAAGAAGAAACCUUCUUGCUUGUUGCAGAGAUGCAGUGGGGAUAGCUGUAAAGGAAAGCUUUAAUGCUUCCAGGGAGAGGAAUACAGGACUUGAAUCAGGGCUGCCUGACCCCAAGCUUUCUCACUGUAUCAGCGACUCUCACCUUCCACUGAGCCCCACACCAGCUGUUCUCCCACCAGCCAGCUGUUCAUCUGUUGCCAGAUCUACUCAGUCCUCUGUGAUGCACUUUAGUUCUUGGCAUCCUGGACUGGGCGGACCCAGAAGAGAAGCAUGUCUGGUUUUGAAACUGCAGAGAACUCAGUUAAUUCAUGAAGGCAGAUGAAGACGAUGUUGUCCUUGGAACCCAGAGCCCUAGUCCUAGUCCAGCUGUCACUAAAGUGCCUGCUCCUGGAGGAGUUGUUGGGCACCUGUGCAGGAACCCAUACUCUGCACUAUGACCUCAUGGCCUUGUCUCUGGAGGGGACAAGGAAGUUCGAAUUCAGAGCCCUGGGAUACAUUGAUAAUGAGCUCUUUCUGCGCUAUGGUGGUGAGAGGACAAGAACAGAGCUCUGGGGGCCUAGGAUCAAGAGACAAGGAGGAGCUAAGAUCUGGACAAGAGAGACUGAGGACAUGCAGGAGAAGGAGGAGCAACUCAGGAGGAUGCUGACUGAGGUCAUGACCCAGAAGGGCCAGCAUGGAGGCAUUCACACCCUUCAGGCAACUUUCGGCUGUGAAACCCAAGGAAACAACACUGGAGGCUUCUGGCGCUUGGGCUAUGAUGGGCAAGACUUCCUCACCUUUGACCAGAAGAGCCAAAUGUGGAAAGUAUCUGUGCCUUCAACUCACUCAACCAAGACAUUCUGGGAGAGGCAUGGCCCCAGUGUGGAUCAAGUUCAGACUUUUCUGAAUGACAUAUGUCCUGACCGUCUCCAGAGAUACUCGAUUUAUUUGGGGAACCAAUUGAUGGAUAGAGGUCCCCCGAUGGUAACAGUGUCCAGAAGGCCAUACCCAGUGGGCAGGAUCACCCUGACGUGCUGGGCUUUUAAUCUGUAUACUCCUGUGGCCACCUUGACCUGGCUUCAGGAUGGGAGGCCAGUACAGCAGCAUUCAUUUGGGCCUGGGACCAUCCUUCCCAGUGGAGAUGGGACCUUCCAGACCUGGGUGUCUAUUUGGGUUCUUCCUGGACAGGAACCACACUUCACCUGCCGCCUGAGGCACCGCAGCCAGAACAUUGAAGUCCCUACACUCCUUGGACCUCAAGCUAGGGAAAGUGGUGGAGCCACCAGCUCUGCUUCUGCUCUUGUGGCUUCUGCUUUUCCUGCCAUGUUGGUAUUUCUAGCCUGCGCCUAGAGCAGCAAGAACACACAGGACAGCAAGAGACCAGGUUACCCCACUGGGUGAACAUUUCCCAGUAUGCAGUGAGAGUCUGAUGACCUGGUUUGAGAGUGGAAUUCCCCCUUGGGUAAUUGGUGGUGUGCUCCUGGGCUCUAAAGAACUCUGUGUCUCUGAGUGAACAACCUGAGGUACUGGUCAACUGGCUGUCUUGUCCUGAAUAUGCUCAUGGGGUCUGGAUGAAGAUAACUUUCUAGGACCCCUGCAUUGCCCACAUCCCGUUAUAGUGUCUCCUGAUGGAAAGAUUCUGCCAGAGCUUUGAAUGUUAGCCCCAGCCCCAGGCAGUGUGAGCAUUGAUGGGACAUAUGGAGAAAAUGAGAAAUUAUGACAUGGACAUCAAUUUAUAAUUGGACUCACUGCCUGUGUUAACCUUUCAUGUAUGUUACUGACUGGGAGUUCCUCAUUUUAAGAUGGUGGUGGACACUUCAAAAUAACUUGCAUCGAUUGUAUCUCAUGUAUUGAAUGAACUUCCUCUCCUCCGAAGGGCCUCUCUUGCUUCCCCAGCCUUUCUUAUGGCUCCUGUGCAGCUUGAUGAGACACCAUGUGAUUUUGAGCAAUGAAUUCUCUGGGAACUACAACAGGCUCUUUCUACAAAAAGGGAGAUUUUUAGAUCAUAUCUCAACUAACAGUUCUGCAGUACUCACUGCUAUAACUUCUACAGCUACUUCUACCGUGGCCCUGACGGUGCACACUGCCCAUUCUGUUGAUCAGCUUGCUUUAAUACUUCUGUGGCUUUGCCAACACAAGAAUGUAUAGACACAAACGUAAGAGCUUCAUUACACACUUUAGAAGCUAUGGUAAUUGCACCUAGGAGAUAUAGUACAAGCAAUAUCAUGGUGGCACACACCUUUAAUCCCAGGAUUUGAGAUCUUAUGUCUUGCUUGGGAAAGACACAUGCCUUUAAUCCC